CCUACAGUCUAGUAGCCACCUAAUCACCUUCUUUACAAGCUAUUUCUCCUUGUUUCUGCACCCGUCGAGGGUCUUAUGAAGGCCCCUUUGAGAGCGGAUCUCUAUAGCUGGCCAAGUUCUAAGCUCCAGCAACUCGUCUGCCAUAAAGCCUUUUGUCCCGCACCCGAAGAUGACUGCGUCAUGAACCGUAUCAGAAAGUACUACAGGAAAGCCGCGGACCGGAGGUGGAAACGUUUGGGGGUUGAUUGCUGACCAUGGCUUUCCGAGCGCAGACAUCGAAGUGGCGGACGGUCACCAUGGCCCAUGUCGAAACAGUCAUUCUGCCUGUCCAUCGCUUCAUCAAGGCUCUUGAUUGAGACUCUUGGCAACCAGCGGAUACGUGAGAAACUGUUGGGUUCAGUGUUCCCUGACAAGCUCCAAAGUGCGUAUGUCCGGGCUAAAGAUCAAGCCGAUUUUCUACUCUAUAUCGAGGUAAAAGGCCGACCGAGCACCUACACCAUUACUUCAGCGUCAACCUGCAGAAAGCCAGGAACAAACGAAUGGAGAACUGCGUUUCCGGUGCUGCGGAUGGCGACUGGGCCCGGGUUUCAAACGUCAUAUCCCGGUUGACGAAAGACAAGAGCAAUGUCGAGCAACCCACGGACGAUAACCAUGACAUCCUCGAAAGCUACUAUAAGGUCUUCCGCAAGAGAUUUGUAGACGUCAUCUGCCGCCAAGUUGUGGAACACUUUCUGUUGGACGGCCGCGACAGCCCGCUGUAGACGCUGACUCCGGAGCUCAUCGCAACGAUGAGCGAUGCCCAGCUCGGCAUGAUCGCUGGCGAGGAUGCCACAACGAAGCGCCAGAAGGAGCGCCUUGGUUCUGAGAUUCAGGGACUGGAGGCCACGACGAAGGUCUUGA